AUGAACUUGGCUCAACAGGUGGAGGACAGGCUAGAAGCGGUGGAUAGGAUCCGGAGGGCUCGGGCGGGUCGGGGCAUCCAUUCGGAUUAUGGAGGUAAGUCAGGUUAUAUUAGCUACUCUAAUUAUUUUGAUUCCACCGAGAGCUCACUUCGAUCCCAAACACCGCGUGAGACCUUCCCAGGGCCAAAGGUCCGCGAUCCUCCGACGGGGCCGACCCACCCGACGGCCAGUGGUGGCCCAGCUUUCCGGCGACUUUCCUUCGAGGAGAUCCAACAGAAACGCGCGCGGGGGUUGUGUUACUGGUGCGACGAAAAAUUCAGUCCAAGGCACCGUUGCAAACUCCGACAAUUACAGGUACUGCUUGCCGCCGAGGAUGACUUUGGACGGGAGGAGGGUCACCUGGAGGAAGGGGAAGCAACGCUGGAAGAAGAGGAGGAGGUGGGAGAAGAGACCGCCGCCUUGUCGCUAAACUCCAUUCAAGGGUUCACGAUUGCGAAGACUAUGAAACUGCAAGGGACGAUCGGCGGCCGAGAAGUCGCCGUGCUAGUGGACAGCGGGGCGUCUCACAGUUUCAUUUCAAACCGCCUGGUACAUGACCUUGCUAUUCCCACCGAGUCAUCAGUCAGACACAACAUACAGGUGGGAAAUGGGAUGAGUUUCCAGCAGAUUGGAAUUUGCCGUGGGGUACGAGUACUCAUCCAGGAGCAGUGGGUCAUCGAGGAUUUUUUUCCGUUUGAACUGGGGAGUGCGGACAUAGUGUUGGGGGUGACUUGGCUCAAGACACUAGGGGAAGUGCGGGCUGACUGGGGAAAGUUCACCGUGAAAUUUCAGAGGGAGGGGAAGUGGAUUAGUUGGACUGAAGACCCUUCCUUAAGCUGUUCUCCGGUAAGUCUCCGUGCUAUGGCUCGUUUGUGGAGCCCAGGGGAGAUGGGGGUACUGCUGGAGCUUUGUUCGGUGGACGCUGGAACACCAGACGCGGUGUCACUCCCCAUGGACGCCAAUUGCGAGAGGCUCAUCCAUGAGUUCUCCGAGGUCUUUGACAUACCUAAGGGUCUACCCCCUCGACGAGCCAGAGAGCACGGAAUCAACCUGCAGGCCGGAGCUUCCCCUCCGAACGUGAGGCCGUACAGGUACCCUCACAUUCAGAAGGCGGAAAUCGAGAGGCAGGUCUCAGACAUGCUAAUAUCAGGUAUAAUUAGACCUAGUUGUUGUCCUUAUUCCAGCCUAGUUCUUUUGGUCAAAAAGAAGGACGGCAGUUGGAGGUUCUGCGUGGACUACCGGGCGCUAAAUCAGUUGACGGUGCCCGACAAAUUUCCAAUUCCGGUGAUCGACAAACUUUUGGAUGAGUUACAGGGAGCUAAGGUAUUUUCCAAGCUGGACUUGACCGCAGGUUACCACCAGGUCAGAGUCAGGGAGAGGGAUGUCGAGAAAACAGCAUUCCGAAUGCACGAGGGCCACUACGAAUUUUUCGUCAUGUCGUUUGGUUUGACCAACGCUCCCGCCACUCAAUCUUGGGAGGCCCACUAUGACCAUCUGCGACAAGUGCUGGCAGUGUUAAAACAAGAGAAGUUGGUUGCCAAUUAUAAAAAGUGUACCUUUGGCCGGGAACAGGUAGAAUACCUGGGCCAUGUGAUUUCCACAAGAGGGGUUUCGGCUGAUCCUUCCAAAGUCGAGGCAAUGUUGACUUGGCCAUCUCCACGAAACAUUCGCGAACUUCGUGGAUUCCUGGGCCUUACCGGCUAUUACAGACGUUUUGUGCAAGGGUACGGGUCCAUAGCACGACCCCUUACCGAAUUACUCAAGAGGGGAACGUUUGGGUGGUCAUACUUGGCCGAUGGGGCUUUCCUCCAACUGAAGAAAGUCAUGACAGAGCUGCCAGUGCUCGCCAUGCCGGAUUUCACGAAGUCAUUUGUCUUUGAGACGAAUGCGUCAAGUGGAGGCGUAGGGGCCGUUCUUAUCCAGGACGGGAGACCAAUUGCUUACUUUAAUAAGGCAUUGGCGGCCACAUCUCGGCUGGCCCGUAUGAGCGCGAACUUCUCGCCAUAG